UUAAUUGGAUCUGCAAAUAUUAAUCAACGAUCCAUGGAAGGCACCAUAGACCCUGAAAUACCAAUGGGUGGCUAUCAGCCUCAACACACCUGGGCAAAGAAAAAAUCUGGUCCACGAGGGGAGGUAUAUGGAUAUCGGAUGUCAUUAUGGGCAGAACACAUUGGAGGUCUGGAGAAAUGUUUCGAGCGACCCGAGAGCCUUGAAUGCAUGAGAAGGGUUAGUUACUUGAGUGAGAUGAACUGGAGACAGUAUGUAAGUGAUGAGGUAACUGAAAUGAAGGGUCACCUUCUCAAGUAUCCAGUAGAAGUUGGAAGAACAGGGAAGGUGAAGGCUCUUCCUUAUUGUAAAACAUUCCCAGAUGUGGGUGGAAACAUAUUGGGUUCUUUUACAGCCAUUCAAGAAAAUCUCACAAUUUAGGAUACUGACCCUGUCCUAACUUGGAUUAUGUUGUAUGGACUUCAGACACCGAAAAAAGAAUUUUCUGUUGUAAAAAAAAGUGAGGUUAUACUUUCUAUCAUUGUUAGAACUUAGACAUUCAUUACUGUGUUGAGGUUUUUGUCUCACCAAUUUAUUUGGUGAUUAAUUAAAGUCAAUAUAUAGUGAAA